CACUGAAUCAAAGUUGGUGUCAAACAACAAACACAACAAAAAUAUGGAUUUGCGGACAAACUCUCGGACGACAACUGGUAUCGAAAAGAUAGAAAAAUUGGGAAAAUUGGAAAACAAUGAAAAAAUUAAGUUUAAUAUCGACGGACUCAUAGCAUCACAUAAUAACUCAGGUAGCACUCGUGAGCCGACACCGACAACCACCACAUCACCCCUUCAUCAUCUGCAUCAUCAUCACCUCAACAACACCAACAAUGGUAGUGGUGUUGGCAACGGUACGCCCCCGCAGACGGGCAUCUCUCAGCUCAGUAGUCAUCCACUGCCACAUUCAAUGCUAAGUCCGGCCGCAAUGUCACAUAUGGGUCCCUUUUCACCUUUUCAAACGGCAGCUGUCAAUAAAUUAUUAGGUCGUUAUUAUGAAGCAUCGGGUGGUGCGUCAGCCGCAGCACUGUUCCGAUCGCCCAAUCACUCGACAGUGAUCGGUGGCUCGAAACCCAAAGUGGCCACACCUGUAGUGGUCAACAAAAUUGAACAAUACAAACGUGAGAACCCGACUAUAUUUGCCUGGGAGAUCAGGGAACGACUCAUCAGCGAAGGUGUCUGUACCAAUGGCACCGCACCCUCUGUCUCAUCAAUCAAUCGUAUACUAAGGAAUAGAGCGGCCGAACGCGCGGCCGCUGAGUUUGCCCGUAAUUAUCAAUUGGCUGCGGCGGCCACCGCUGCCUCAGUACACUAUCCUUUAGCACCUCAUCCACACCACCCAUCAGCACAUCAACCGCAUCCUUAUGCCGGAUCCAACUCAGGACACGCCCAUCAACUAUACGCCGCGUGGGCUGCAGCUGCCACUGCCGCAGCUUUGGCCUCACACCAGCACCCACACGGACAGACCGGACAUUUCUGGCCGCCGACACCACUAACACACGCAGCUCUUCUUCAACAACAACAUAACAAUAGUCGCGAUGAAUUGGAUAACAGUAGCCCAAGAGACGAUAGAGACAUAGAUAAGGACGACAUUAAGCACAACAAUAGCAAUCAUAGCAGUAAUCAUAGCAACUCUUCAUCACCUAAUCAUAGUAAUCAAUCAGCCGUACUGUCACAACAACAGUUACCAUUUGAUCCGCACCUCACGUUUGAUCCCAACUCUAGUUCCGCCAAAUUUCGCCGAAACAGAACCACAUUUUCACACCAACAGCUGGAAGUGCUCGAAGAAGAGUUUGAAAGAACACACUAUCCAUGUGUUACUACAAGAGAAAGACUCGCACAGAUCACCAGUUUGUCUGAGGCCAGAGUUCAGGUAUGGUUUAGUAACCGACGGGCAAAAUGGCGCCGACACCAGAGGAUGUCCCACUCGAACAGUUCAAAGUAUUCUAUGAUUGGUUCCCGAGACUCGGCUGACUCGCCGACCAUUGACAUGGACUCAAGGGAUUCGUGUGCAUCCCGUGACUCGUUUGACACGAUCUCAUCGGACAAACACCACACUUUGACCAGUAAUCAUAGUUCCCGAAGCGGUACACCACAUGGCUCACCGUCACCGACACGCAGACACGUCGACAACUUGACCUCAGUCGCCACUAGUGGUGGCGCUAGUCUUACAAUUGGUGGACACAACUCGGCCUUCAAAAAAAUCAAAUGAAGAAAUGACAACAAAUUUUUUAUUUAAUCCUCAAAUUUACUCUAUUUAUCAAUACUUGCAUUCAAUUUGUAGCUUAA